ACCUGUAUAUAAAUACAUAUUUUUUACAACAGAUUGUGAUGUCAUAACAUUGGUUUGUCUUGUCACCAAACAAUCGCUGUAUUGCUGAUUAUGGUUGGUAUGUCAUUAUUAUUAUUAGCAGCAGUGAAUAAAAAAAUACUUAUUUAACAAUAUACAUCUAGCAAAUCAUUUUUAUAAGGCAUAUUGUGAAAAGGGUCCAAACACCAUUGAAAUAAAAAGCGGCAGAAUGGCUGUUAGCAUGAAACUGGGGGAUCUACUGCAACAGCCUGAAUGAUUUUACUGAUUGUCUACAAGAAAAGAUCUGCAUUCAGACAAACCGAACAACUAAAAUCAGUAAUGAUGGAGUUUGUGAAAGAGAAGAGUGAGAUCAUGAGUGAUCCAGAAGUCUGCAGAAUUAAACAUGAAGAUACUGAGGAACUAAUAGACCUGAUGGAAUUGAAGGAGGAAAGUCAAGAGCUGGAAAUACUUUCACAGACUGAAAACAAUUUCACACAGAAAAAAACCGAUAGAGCAAAAGCCGAAAAGUCUUUCACAUGCAGUCAGUGUGGAAAGAGUUUCAUACGUACAGGACACCUUAAAGAACACAUGAGAAUUCAUACUGGAGAGAAACCGCACUCAUGUGAUCAGUGUGGAAAGAGUUUCACUUAUGCAAGCUGUCUCAGUGAUCAUCUAAGACGCUUUCACACUAGAGGAAAUCCAUUUAACUGUGAUGAAUGUGGUAAAAUGUUUAUUGUGCAAAAAGACCUGAAGAAGCACCUGAAAGGUCAUGCAAAGGAGAAGCCAUAUGUGUGUUCUGAUUGUGGAAGGAGUUUUUCACGAGUCGACACUUUGAAACAGCACCAGAAAACACACACCGGUGAGAAGAAUUAUAUGUGUUUUGAUUGUGUUAAGACUUUUACUAGAAUCAGCCAUUUGAUAGAGCACCAGAGAAUCCACACUGGAGAAAAACCUUACAAGUGUUCACACUGUGACAAGAGAUUCACUCUGUCAUCUCACCUGAAAAGACAUGAGAAGAUCCACACUAGAGAAACCGUACCACUGCCCUCCAUGUGGGAAGAAUUUCGACCAAUCAAGUCAUCUAGCUAGAGUGUUGCUGUGAAAUAGCGCAAGUCUUGUAGAGAGAAUUGAAUUUUAUUUAUUGUCACUGUUCAAAGUUAGACCUAUGAGAUCAUCAACAGACUGAAUACAUUUUGUUGUUAAAAGCUUUUACAGUGUUGAGGAAAAUAUGUCAGGUUUUUGUUCAUGCCUGUCAAAACGGGACUUGUGCUGAUUUUUGCUUGAAUAGGGAGCUUUAAUGUCAAUUAUUUAAAGAGGCAUUUCUAGACCAUUUUAACUCCAGGGUUGGGCCAUGUGUUUGUAGGGGGGGCAACUGUAUUAAACUUUAAAUGUCCCCAGUACACACACAAAACAUAAUUUGCUGUUUUGCAGACAUUAAAGUUUUUAAAGGCAACCAAAAUGUAACAAAGUUUCUGAUGGGUGCGAGGAGGAAGCAGGAGAUGGUGAAAUUCAACUCAAAAAGGAAAUGUAUAUUACACUCAACAAAACUCGCUUGUAGCUGACUUUCAGCCCAUGUUCUGUGUGUGUGUCAAGUCAAGUGGUUUUUAUUGUCGUUUCAACCAUAUACAGUUAGUACAGUACACAGCAAAACGAGACAACGUUCCUCCAGGACCAUGGUGCUACAUAAAAACAACAGGACCAACAUAGGACCACAUGAGACUACACAACGGAAUAAAAUACCUAUAUAAACUACCUAUAUAUACCUAUAUAAAGUGCAUGUGCAAACAUGUGCAAAAAGUACAGGACAGUACAACAAAUUACUGACAAUGAACAGGACAAUAGACAGUGCAGCGCCGACCAGUACUCAGUAGUGCAAAAAGAUGACAGUUUCUAAAAAUGUAAACAUAACAUACUAUGAGAUAAUGUUCUAUGCACAUAGCAGUUAUUGAGGUAGCAGACAGUUAUAAAGUGACAGUUAUUAAAGUGCAACUCAGGACACGUGUGUGUGUCA